AUGGGAAAUUUACAUGGGACAUCAACUGGUAUAAAAAGAAACUAUUCGAACAAGAAAAAUAAUAUUCAAUAUUGUGAAAACAAGAUUGUUCAGAAUAUUAUUCUCAUUUGGUUAGAUGCAAACAUUAGCAAAUCAAGAAAAGAUUUCCAGUAUACUUUUUCUCAACUAAAUAAGAUCUUCAAUUCAAUUACAUUAUUUACUGAUUUGGAAGCAUGUCGUCAAUUUAUUGCAACGAAAAGGGAUCAAUAUAUAUUUCUUAUUGUAUCUGGAACAUUUGGAGAAACAUUAGUACCACUUGUUCAUAAAUAUGUUCGACUCGAUUCCAUCUAUGUAUUUUGUGGCCAACCAGAAAAGCAUACAUGGACAAAACAAUUUGGAAAGAUAAAGCUUGUUGAUAAGAAUAUUGAACCUAUUUGUCAAGCAAUUGUAAGUGAUGCUGCGCAAUGUGAAGAAGAUUUAACUCCAACUAGUAUUCUGUCGGCGAACGAUUCUUCGAAUCAAGAUUUACAACAAGUUGAUUCAUCAUUCAUAUAUUCACUACUGAUAAAAGACAUUCUACUAGAAGUGACCUAUGAUGAACGAGCAAUAGGUGAACUUGCUGAGUUUUGUCGAAAUAAUUUUCAUGAGAAUUUAUCUGAAUUAAAAAUUAUUGAUGAAUUCCAAAAAGAUUAUCAUAAACAUUCACCUACCUGGUGGUAUACUCGUGAAUGUUUUACUUAUCGAAUGCUCAAUUGUAGUUUGAGAACUUUCAAUAUUAAUCUUAUUGCUCUGAUGAGUUUCUUUAUAAAAGAUAUUCAUCAACAAAUCAAAGAAAUACAUUCGAAAAAACAUAAGAAAAUGGGACCAUUUAUCGUUUAUCGAGGUCAAGGCAUGUUUAAUGACGAAUUUAUUAAAAUACGUAAUAAUAUUGGUGGUCUAUUUGCAUUCAAUAGUUUUCUUUCUACUAGUGACGACGUAAGUGUCGCGACGAGGUUUGCAAAAAAAUCUACAGAUCGAGCUGGUAAAACUGCUAUUCUCUUUGAAAUAGAAGUUGAUCCAACUGUAAUAUCAACUCCAUUUGCUUCGUUACAUAAUGCUGAUUGUUAUGAUGACGGAGAAAAAGAGACUCUUUUCUCGUUACCCACCGUUUUUCGAAUAGUUCAAGUCGGAGAGUACAAGGAUAAUAUAUGGAAAGUCAACUUGACAUCGGUUGGUGAUAAUGACUUACAAAUUACACGAUUAAUAAAACAUAUCAAACGACAAAUUGGUGAAGGAAAUGCUAUAGAACGAUUAGGUCGAUUAAUGAUUACAUUAGGCGAACUUGAAAAAGCUGAAGCAUUCUAUGAACUAUUACGUGAAUCAACUUCUGAAAAUGAUAAAAAAGAAUUUGCUUGGAUUCAUAAUCAAUUAGGAUAUAUUAAAUAUAAACAAGGAAAUUAUUCAGAUGCUGAACCAUUUUAUACAAAGGCAUGUGAAAUUCAAGAAAAAAUGCGUCCUUCUACUGAUCUUGAUCUAGCGGUUACUUAUAGUAAUAUGGGUUUGUUGUAUACAAGUUUAAAUGACACUUCUAAAGCAUUAUUGUAUCAUCAAAAAGCUCUUGAAAUACGAGAAAAAAAUCUCGAAGUUAACCAUCAGGAUCUAGCUACUACUUAUAACAAUAUUGGACUUGUAUAUGAUCGAAGAAAAGAAUUUUCAACUGCUUUAUCAUAUUAUGAAAAGACACUAAAAAUCUAUACACAAAUUCUUCCUGUAAACCAUCGUUGGUUAGCUAAAACUUACAAAAAUAUUGGUCUUGCUCAAAUAUCGAUGAAAGAACGUAUGACUGGACUCAAUAAUCUUUGCAAAGCAAUGGAAAUACGAAAAACAGCAUUUCCUUCUAAUCAUCCAUCAAUAGCUUCUAUAUGUGGUAUCAUUGGUAGAGUAUAUCGAGAAGUAGGAGACUACACUACUGCGCUCAAGUUCUAUGAAGAAGCAUUAGAUAUCGGAAAAAGAAGUUCACAUAUUGAUUAUACACGUUUGGCUAAAACUUAUUACAAUAUAUCGAAAAUAUUGAAUGAGCUCAAAGAAGAUGAAAAAGCUUUGAAGUAUGCUGAACUUGCUGUUCAAUCGGUUGACGAGGUGUCAAUGCCGAAUAGUUCCGAUGCAAUAAAGUUUAAGGAAAACUUGGAACAACUUCAAGCAAAAAAAUCAUGA